GGCGCGGAGUGUGUCUGUACCAGUUCAGACAGGUGCCCCCCUGGGGACGCCACCCCCAGCCCGCACCUCUCUGCAAAGUGGGAGUGGAGGGAGCGUGUCCGCAGAGGAUGCCCAUCCUCGUCUCGCCCGACAUCGCUGCCCGGUUCAAGGAGAAGUGGCUGCUGCUGCACCCCGAGGACCGGGACAAUGUGGGUGGGGCUGUGACCUUGGAUGACAGCCUCACCAGCCUGCAGUGGCUCCAAGACUUUUCCAUCGUCACCGCUGAUCCGGAGACACCACCUGUCCCCAGCCACCCUCUCCACGAGCCUCCCCAGCAGCUCUUCCAAGGGUCCGAGGCCCCGGCCAGCCCACCAGCAGGAGACACUGCGGCCAAGGGGAUGCCCCCGUGUCUGGGCAAACCCACUUCCGCAGCCACCUCCCCUGGCACCAGCUACCUGCCUGGCCUUGGCGCUGCAGAGAUUGAUUACAAGAGCAACCCUGGGGUGAAACCCCCUUACUCCUACGCCACCCUUAUCUGCAUGGCUCUGCGGGCCAGCAAGCAGGCCAAGGUCACCUUGUCAGCCAUCUACAGAUGGAUCAUGGAGAACUUCUGCUACUACCGGCAUGCUGAGCCCAGCUGGCAGAAUUCCAUCCGGCACAACCUGUCCUUGAACAAAUGCUUCCGGAAAGUGCCGCGGCAGAAGGACGAGCCAGGCAAGGGGGGCUUCUGGGAGAUCGACCCGCAGUACGCCGAUAUGUUCGUCAAUGGUGUUUUCAAGCGGAGACGGCCGCCGGCCGUGCCCUACAGCCUGCCACGGCAGCGCCCCGCCGUGCCUGCCCUGGAGGCAGGGUGCAGCCUCUUGUCCCCCAUGCCCCAUCUGGGGGAUGGGCAGCCAGGGCACACCCCUCACCAGGCUGCCCACCGCCCGCUGCACCAGCACGGCCAAUGCUGCCCCCUGCUGGAUGCCCCCAGCCCUCCGCCGAAGCGCAGCUGCCUGGCAGCCAGAACUGCCCAGUCCCCUCUGCUGCCCUCUAGUGGCAGAGAUGCAGAAGCCCUGCGAGGAAAUUUUGACUGGGCCGAUGCCUUUGACGAUGUCUUACGGGGAAACGGCAGCAAUUUCGAGGACCUGGAUAUUAACGCAGCGCUCAGCUCGCUGGCCACAGAGGUGGACCUCGCCAUGCAAGGCAGGUACAUACCCCUUGCCAGCAAGUGGGGCACCCCGGCUACCAAUCACCCCAGCCCAGGGGCUUCCCACUGGGAGGAUUUCACCCCCUUCGCCGACACCCCCCACCACCCCUGGGAGGAGGCGAGGGGGGAGGUGCUCGGCAACCCCUGGGGCUUUGAGCAGGGCUUCAACUUCUGUGAUGGCUUCCUCAGCGAGACUCAGCCCUGGGACAAAGUCGACACCUUCAUGUGAUCCCCCUCUCUUCUCUGGGGCUGCUGCCCCUCUCCUACCCCCUGGCAUGAAAGUAGGCUGAGUCCCUCCUGCUCUCCCAAGCACUCUAUGGGCAAGGCCCUGUCCUUCCCUGACUGCCAGUGCUUGUGGCUUCCUGAGCCCUUGGGCAGGGGUCACAUUAGGAGUCUGUCUCUUCCCCCCCCACACCCCAGCAAGCUGUAAUGUCCCAGACCGGCGACUCGGCUGGGCAGUGACUGCUGCAGGGCAGGGCAGGGCAGACCCUGACCCUGAGCCGCAGGAGGCUCCGUGCCUCAUCAUGGC